AUGGAAACAUCGAAAGAGCACUCGAAGAAAAGAAAGCGGAAGCAUGCCGGGGGUGGGAAUGCCCCUGCAGAGCCCACAGAGAAAACGAUUAAACCUUCGAUCCCGACGACCGUCACCGUACAGGAGGUAAAAAAGCGCAAAACAAACCAUUCGUCGCCCUCGAAAGAUGCGGACGAUACUGAUGGAGCCGAGACCCCAGAUCCUACUACCGAAGCUAACAAUGGGACUCUGGAAGCUCUAGUGGAGGAGAAUGGAGACAAAAAUGUGGAAUCAGAAGCACCCGAAUUACCCUCCCUAAAUGCGGUCUCCUUGCCCCAGACAGAAAAUGAGCCCCUGAAGUUUUCUGAGCUUAAUCUUUCGGAGAAGACGUUGAAGGCAAUACAAGAAAUGGGCUUUGAGACUAUGACCGAAAUCCAACGAAGGGGAAUACCACCACUGAUGGUUGGUAGAGACGUUCUCGGGGCCGCAAAAACGGGCUCAGGAAAGACCUUAUCGUUUUUAAUACCUGCUGUCGAAAUGCUAAGUGCUUUACGUUUUAAACCUAGAAACGGAACUGGUGUCAUCGUGGUGUCUCCUACCCGCGAACUCGCGCUUCAGAUUUUUGGUGUUGCUCGGGAACUCAUGGCACACCAUUCGCAGACCUACGGCAUUGUGAUUGGUGGCGCCAAUCGAAGAGCAGAAGCGGAGAAGCUGACCAAGGGAGUAAAUUUGCUUAUUGCAACACCCGGACGCCUGCUUGACCAUCUUCAGAAUACAGACGGUUUCGUAUUCAAGAAUCUUAAAGCUCUCGUGAUCGAUGAGGCGGAUCGAAUUUUAGAAGUUGGGUUCGAGGAUGAAAUGAAACAGAUUGUCAAAAUACUACCCUCAGAAGAUCGCCAGACAAUGCUCUUCUCCGCUACGCAAACGACCAAGGUUGAGGAUCUUGCGCGCAUCUCUUUACGCCCUGGUCCCUUAUACAUAAACGUUGAUCACCGCAAAGAGCAUAGCACCGUCGAAGGCCUCGAACAGGGCUACGUCGUGUGCGACUCAGACAAACGCUUUCUCCUCUUAUUUUCGUUUUUGAAAAGAAAUCUUAAAAAGAAGAUAAUUGUUUUCUUCUCGAGCUGCAACUGUGUUAAAUACCAUGCCGAACUUUUGAACUAUAUUGAUCUUCCCGUCCUCGAUCUCCACGGUAAACAGAAACAACAAAAGCGAACAAAUACGUUUUUUGAAUUCUGCAACGCAAAGCAGGGCACUCUAAUUUGCACAGAUGUUGCUGCAAGAGGUUUAGAUAUCCCCGCUGUGGACUGGAUCAUCCAGUUUGAUCCACCAGAUGAUCCAAGAGACUACAUCCAUCGUGUCGGUCGAACUGCUCGUGGUGCAGAUGGUAAAGGGCGCAGUUUAAUGUUUCUUCAACCUUCAGAGGUUGGUUUCUUGAAACACCUCCGGGAUGCUCGAGUACCGGUUGUAGAAUUCGAAUUCCCAGCAAAAAAGAUAGUUAAUGUGCAAUCUCAACUAGAAAAGUUGAUCGGCCAGAAUUAUUAUUUAAACAAGUCUGCCAAAGAUGGCUAUAGAUCUUACCUGCAAGCCUAUGCGUCACACUCUCUCCGUUCUGUCUUCGACGUCAACAAACUCGAUCUUGUCAAAGUUGCAAAGGGGUUUGGCUUUCCCACACCCCCAAGGGUAGACAUCACACUAGGUGCCAGCAUGAGUCGUGAUAAAAAACAACCUACUCGACGAAAUUAUGGAAGCCAGUCAAAACAUGGGUCAAAAUUCAAGAGGAACGGCUCUGGUAAUUAG